CUUUCCCACCGGGUUUCAAGUACGACAAGAUGGCGGCUGCGGCGCAAGCUCUGACGGAGCGCACAAGAGCCAUUUUCGGUGACGACUUUAGCGAGACGAUCGAUUCUACCUAUUCCUCCAUAUCGACCUCAUACAAACGAAAAGUCGAAUAUGAAAGUGUCCGCGAGCUACCCAAGGCGCUCGCCGAGAAGCAAGCGAAAGCUGCGGCAAGUCGGGGACCGAAACGACCGAAAGUACAGGCAGGAGGUAAUCAGAUGGCGCUAGUAAAGAGUGAGGGAAAGCCAGGACAACCGCCGCAGACAAAUGGGGUAGGAAACAGUCUCAUUCAAAGACCGAAUAUGCAGCAACCGCGGCCGGACUGGCACGCGCCAUGGAAGUUGAUGAGAGUCAUUUCUGGGCAUCUUGGCUGGGUGCGAGCAUUGGCUGUUGAGCCUGGAAAUGAGUGGUUCGCGUCAGGUGCAGGCGACCGAACAAUCAAGAUCUGGGACCUAGCGACGGGACAGCUUCGCCUGACACUUACCGGACAUAUCUCUACAGUCCGCGGACUUGCUGUAUCACCGCGACAUCCCUACCUUUUCUCAUGCGGCGAGGACAAGAUGGUCAAGUGCUGGGAUUUGGAGACGAACAAGGUCAUUCGACAUUACCACGGCCAUCUGUCGGGCGUGUAUACACUCUCCUUACAUCCUACCCUCGAUGUGCUGGUCACAGGUGGCCGAGAUGGCGUGGCGCGAGUAUGGGACAUGCGGACGAGAUCCAACAUCCACGUCCUCAGUGGUCACAAGGGAACUGUUACCGACGUCAAAUGUCAAGAAGCAGACCCUCAGGUUAUUUCGUCCAGUCUCGACAGCACGGUUCGCCUGUGGGAUCUGGCAGCUGGAAAGAGCAUGGGUGUGCUGACGCAUCACAAGAAGGGAGUGAGAGCGCUUGCCUUGCAUCCGAAAGAAUUCACAUUCGCGUCGGGGUCAGCAGGCUCCAUUAAGCAAUGGAAGUGUCCUGAAGGCGCUUUUAUGCAGAACUUUGAGGGACAUAAUGCCAUCAUCAAUACCCUGGCUGUCAACGAGGACAACGUUUUGUUCAGUGGUGGCGACAACGGGAGCAUCUCGUUCUGGGACUGGAAGACGGGCCACAGGUUUCAGAGUACCGAGUCCGUGGCGCAGCCUGGCUCACUGGAUGCCGAGGCUGGGAUUAUGAGCAGUACUUUCGAUCAGACUGGGAUGCGGCUGAUCAUGGGAGAGGCGGAUAAGACGAUCAAGAUUUGGAGGCCGGAUCCAGAGGCAACGCCCGAGACGCAUCCGCUGGACUGGAAGCCGACGCGAGGAAGAGUAAAAUAUUGAAAGCUGCAAACGCAUCCUCUGGUAGCCAGUGACUGCUUUUAGCGACGGCGUUGGGCGGGUUUGGCAAUGGUAUUUCAUUGAUAGGCCGAGGCGAAAGCGCGGUAUUAAACCCAUUGAAUACGAUCUUGAGGCUCUUUCUACCCCGGCGAACGCCCUGCUGGCCUUGUGUUAUAAACUGA